AUGUCUUCCUCUGUACUACACCAGUGCCCGCACUGCGGGCAUACGUCUGACAUAUCCAAUUCUCUCGCAGCCUUUAUUGAGAACCCCUACUGUAAACAGUGUGGUCUAUCUGCAUCUGAAAGCGACCAGAAAAUGCAAGAUGACCUGGCAGAUUUGUUUGAUAGACAAAUGACUAUGGCACAACUUCAUACUACGAAUAAAGAUGAAGCUACAUUCCCAUCUCAAGUGCCACCAAUCUCCUACUCCAUUACCCAGCACUAUCAUCACUCGGCCCACAAAGUCACCCCAAGCAUUCCUAUCCAGUCUAGCAUUGAUGUUCUGAGGCAUCAUGGUCUCGAUCCAAGCACCAUGACAACCAGUCAAUUGAACCUCUUUGACAACGCCGACAUGGAGCAGAGAGAGCGACUGAUCCAGACAUGGCGACUCUAUUCACAGCUCUCAGACAACACCCAGUAUCAUACAAUGCAUGACUUUGUCAUGGAUGACAAUGAAGAUGGGAACCCCGACGCUGAACCCUACAUGAUAUCUGGCUAUGAGACCAUUGCCACUGGAGCCGCUCACUCUCUUCCCAGUAACCUCACAAAUGACCUCCCGAAAGAGCCAACUACAGGAGAGCCAUACACUGGUUCAAAGGACCCUGUAUAUCAGGGUCAGCAGUGGUGGGAGUUGACAAACGCUGGCCCGAUGGAAUCCCAUUACGGGGCAUUUGAACAAAUGAGGCGUUAUUCUGGUUACACUUAG